CACCUGCACCGGUGAUAGCAAUCGCAGCUUUAGAAAGUCGUACUCCAUUACCGCGCCAUCCAUAUCGCAGCUUGGACUAUUCUCGCUGUUGUCAACUGCUAGUUAUAAGGGCCACCGGUCAAAGCAGGCCAACUAAAGAGCAAGAACAGCGAAAUGAGCGGGCCGACGGCGAAGAGCAAAAGAGGGCCUACAGUGCUCAUGACGGAUUCUCGAGACACACCACCUCGCGGACCACAACGAACAGCCACUACGCAACGACCUGCCGCCAAGUUGAUAUCGGUUGACAACAUCCUCCAGUACGCUUCCGACAUUCCAUCCCAGCAGCGACGAGGCCCGCCAGGGCACCGGCCACUGAUGCAUACACGAACACCCAGCGGUCGCCAUCCACUCGACCCCAAGCUCUCUGGCCGCCUGAUACCACAGCAUAUGCCCACUCGGUCAAGUAAGCUUAGCGAGAAGCUGGUCUUGUUGCCGGAGACAGAUGAACAAGAAGAGGACGAGAAGGGAGACUUUGAUGACGAUGAAUUCGAAGGGCCGCCUACAGAUGAAGAUUUGGCAAGACGGACAGCCAAAGGUGGCCCAAAGGACAAAAGCUACGCAGAACGUUUGCCGAAAGCUAGGAGAACGGACAAGCUCUCGCGAGUGACAGCAUACUGCACAGCGCAGGCCUACAAAAUGAAGAGUACAGCCGAAUUCGUCAAAGACCAGCACCAUGCCCGGACAAAACUAUACGACGACUGCCUGUACACCGUCUACCACCUUCCCCUCCUCCCAGGGAGCGACGGUUAUCGUGUGCGCAGCAGCCCUGCGCUGAAGAGUCCUGGCGGAAAAAAUGUCCUCGACGAGGAAAUCGAGCGCAACGAGCAGCGCGACCACCACGAAGGCUACUUUGGUGACGAGGAAACCUACUUUGUUCGCGAUGACCACGAACUAGAGACUCCCUACGACGGCCUACAAGAUCGCAGGGAUUCCAACGAAAACUCGAGGAUUGCGCCCAACGCAUUGACGUUUGGCGAGAUGUUCGUCUUCUCCUAUGGCGUAGCUGUAUUCUGGAACUUUACCGAAAAGCAAGAAAAAGACAUACUCGCCGACUUGACAUUCUCCAGCACGUCUACGGGCGUCUCGCUCGCAACACGCCCUUUGACCGAAUCGGAUUUCGAAACCGAAGAGUUCCACUUUGAAUACAAUCCCGACAUUCAGCGGCCGAGAGUGUACAAUGAUAUGAUUACGCUGAAGAGCGGGGAUCAUAUGAUUAAGCUUGCGAUGAGCCAUGCGAUUGCGCAGAGUACGAAGUUGAGUUUGUUUGAGGAGGGCAUGAGCAGGACGAUGCUGGCGGCGCAGUAUGUGCCAAAACGACUGGCGUUGACAGGCAAAUUGGGCAUGAAUAGGACGGAUGUUGUGAAAAUGAUAGGCCAGCUCUUCACCAGCAGAGUCGACGUGAACUUAUCGUCGAACAUGCUGGAUACGCCCAACUUCUUCUGGGACUCUGAGCCUACCCUUCACCCGCUCUACACCGCCGUCCGCGAAUACCUCGAAAUCAAACCGCGUAUCCAAGUCUUGAACGAGCGCUGUCAGGUCUUUUUAGACCUCGGGGAGAUUCUGUCCGACUCUAUCUCAGACAAGAAGAUGACGAGGAUAACGUGGAUCAUUAUUGCAUUGAUUGUUCUGAGUAUUUGUGUUACGUGUUUGGAGGUACUGCUGCGGUUUGCGAUUUUGAGCGGCAAGGGACGGGUGACGGUGGCUGCUGGAGGAAUGAGUGGGCUGAAGGGGUUGAGUCCACCAAGCUAUGCGGGACCGAGUCUGCUUGCGGCGAGAAGUGUGCUGUGGGUAGGAAGCGGUGUCAAGGGGAUGUUGGUGUAGGGCAGUCUGCUGGAUAGAUUAGGGCGUACAUGAGUCGUUUGGGCAUAGCGAUGGCGUUGGUGGACCAGUAUUUGCUUGUAUACAUUAAUAUUGAGGCUAUUAUCAUUUCAUAAUAGCGCCCACUGGAGCUUGUUGUGACAUUGACGUCCUCUGUUGAGAGCUCUCUUAAUCGACGGGCAUAGGGUAUAUGCCAUGCUAGUGUAGUGGCACGAUGAUUCAGUAUGGUAGAGCAGACACAACGGAGUAGGAAGAUAGACUUGUAGCUUAGUGAGUUUGGGGGUUUAUCGAACAUUCGUCAUCAUGAGAUGGCUUA